CCUGCCCUGCUGCCCACCCAGCACAGGGACCCCCCGCAGGACUCGCCGGCCACCCCAGACACCCCCCCAGAGCAGCUGGAGGGCAAGGAGCUGGCUGCCCCUGGGUUGGGGCCGUGUCAGCCAUUCGGGCAGGUGCCACCUGCAUUCCCUGGCAACCUCCUCGGCACGGGCAAGCCCCCCCCAUCCUGCUUCCUGGAGGGAGAGGGCUACACUCAGCCCCACCUGCCCGUGUUCGGCUCCUUCGGCCGGCCGGGCCCCGAGGCGCUGGGCAGCAGCUACCAGUGCCGGGUGCAGGCGCUGAGCUUCUGCAUGAAGGAGCGGCCCUGCAGCACAGCGCUGGAGCAUCUCCUGGCCACAGCUCCCCCGGCCUCCGCUGCCCCCCGCCAGCCAUCCUUCGGGGCCAUGGGGCCACGGGCGGGUGAGCAGAAGGAGCCAUGGGGGCCGGGGACCACGAUUCCACUGCAGGGGGCUAAUGGCUACCCCCUGGGGCUGCCCCCCUGCCUCUACCGGACACCCGGCAUGUUCUUCUUUGAGUGAGGGACUCCCCAUCCUGGGACUACCCAGCACCUAAUAAAGCACAUUCCCCAACGCUG